CGAAGAAGCGUCCUGACCGCCCGGUAGGUCGGUGCGAAACCCGGUAAUAGCUUCGAUUCAGUUGUCCGGGAAACCCGCCAUGUACGAGCAGCGCUUUUAAAAAAAACUCAUUGUUGAAGAGAGGCGAUUGAAUGUUGAGCUGAAAGUCCGAACUCUGGCUCGGUUCGGUGAGAAAGACAAGAUAGCUAACUAGCCGAUAACUAGCUUCCAGCGUUAGCCGCGGUUUAGCUAAAAUCCGAAAUGACACAACAAGCUGCGGCGCUGCAGACCUACAACAACGAACUGGUCAAGUGUAUUGAGGAUUUGUGCUCGAAGCGGGAUGAGCUGAACCGUCAGAUCCAGCAGGAGGAAGAGGAGAAGGAACGACUUCAGCACGACAUCGGAGUCCUCUCAGAGAAGCUGGAUCGAGUCACUAAAAGCCUCUCACAAAGACGCGCCGCUCGAGCCACCUUCGACCGAACCAUCGCAGAGACAGAGGCUGCGUACACCAAGAUCUUGGAGAGCUCCCAGUCUCUGCUGAGCGUCCUGAAGCAGGAAGCAGGAAACCUCAGUAAAGCCACAGAGCCUCGCAGGAAGGAGCACUAGCAUGGAUUAAAGGUCACUGAACUCUUCUUCUGACCACAGCAGCACACUUGACUCGGCACUUUGUAACAGUUUAUACCCACCUCUGGACUAUUUGUAUUAUAUUUGGUUGUUUAUUUGUAAGGUUCUUUGUUCAAUAAAUGCAUUUCUUAAGAUUUA